GGAAUAGGUGCUCAUUGCAAGUCAGAAGACUAGUAGUUGUUGGAGGUUUGAAGACUUUGAAGCUCUUACUUGAAUGAAUGAAGUCACAAUGAUUCCAACCAAACCAAACGUCAAAAUUCCAGUCCACAGUUUUUAAAUUCCUUAAAUAUUCCUUCACCGAACCCAUGCUUAUCAGUUAAAAAAUCCCGCAUCCAAUGCAGACGUUUUUAUUGACCAUUGCUACGUUAAUUCCUUGUUGAUAAAUUUUUUUUCGUAGUAUAACCGUGCCCGGUAACCUUGGUGUGGGAAGGCCGCGAGUUUUUCAUAUAUUAGCGUGUAAUCUAUUCGGUCACGAUGUUGAAAAGUGCUUCGAAGGUGACAAUAAACACUGGUAAUGUGUUGAACUUAAUUGAUAUCAAGAAAAAGGCUGGGCAGAAUGUAACAGAAGAGCUAUCAGAAAGCAUCAAGCUGACUCUAUCAGAAUGGGGCUCCCAAAACGGCGUCAAACUCCAAAAUGGCACAGAAGACCCCGACGCCUCCCACGACUCCGACUACGCCGUCCAAUCCUCCGUAGUCACGGGCACCAGCUCCGAAGUCGUAGUCAACAUCACCAGGCCCCAUGAUGAUGUGCAGAUAAAGAUGGCCGAGGAGGAACGGAAGAAUUUGAAGAUUGGUGUGAAGAUAUUUAUUAAUGAGGAUAGUACGACUGCGCUUGGUGAAUGUUUGGAGAAUGUGUUUACGGCGCUACACACAACGGUGAUAGACAACGUGAUACUAGCAUAUAACCCGGAGACACCUCCUAAAGACCAGAACGAGCCCAUGACAGCAUAUUCUAAUAAGGCGUCGCCUAUAUCGCUGAGCAAUAAUGUUGGAGCAAAAAUCCCAUCAGAGACAGACGCAGACAGCGAAGCCGAUGCGCGCAAGUGUGAAGCCAUACUUCCGGGGAUUAAGGUGUUGUGGGCCGUAUUAGAAGAUUAUGUCAAAAACGGUCGAGUGAACCAGCUAGGCGUAGCCGACGUCGGCGGCGGCUGCCUAUACAAACUGCACGCGUGGGCCAAAGUGAAGCCAACCAUCGCUCAAAUAAACCUGGCUUCCUGCUGCGUGGUGCCGCCCUCCCUGCACGCUUUCUGUCGCGCCAAUGACGUGCAGUUGCUGACACAUGCUGACCCGCCAGAUCUCCUGUCCCUAGCCGCCGUGAAGACGCUGUCGGAGGCCGGCGUGUGCGCGGGCGCGGGCUGCCGCCGCCUGGACUGGUGCGCGCGCUACCAGGUGCACAUCAAGUGCCGCGGCGUGCUCGCCCUCAAGGGCUACGUGUGUAAGGCCACGCUCGAUAACAAGGUUAAAUAACUUAUCUUAUUUCUAAACGUGUAAUUGAUAUUUACUGAACCAUAGAGAAUUGCUCACUCUAUACAUCAGUUUCCUUAAUAAAUAAUACGUUGUAUGGUAAAACGUAUUAUAAGUUUUAAACUUAUUAUAGAUGAGUUUUUGUCUAUGUACAGAGUGAGCACCUUAGCUUACUUAUUUCUAUAUGACUGAACUAAUAAAAAAAUAGACAAAACUCAAGACGCUUCAAGUGUAAAAUAUUGUAACCGUAACUUUGACAGCUGAAGAGUAACGCCCCCAAGUAUUGUGACAUCAAUAUGAUGUCACUCGCCCGUGCGUCUCGCUCGCACCAAUACAUGCACGGAAAAGUGCCAGCGAAAUGCACGCGCCACUGUCAUAUCAUAAUUCAAAUAUAAUUUUGAAGUUACAAUACAAGUUUAAAUUGGCCUCCAGUAAUGGACCAGGGCCCAAUGACGUUAUGGCGCUUCUAUUUUGCAACAAUUCGUUUAUAGUAUGACCUUAUGUUACUUAAAUUAAGAAUGAAGUGUCCAUCACUGGUUCUUGUGAGCUAAAGUGUCCAACAUUGGUGCCGACACCUUAAAUAGUAUAUAGGCCACCCUAUGCGAUAAUUAUAUUGUUGCACUGCACUCUACUUUGAUAAUGCACUUUGCGGCACUGUUUACUUCAGCUGUUAAAUUUACGAAUACAUAUGCAAGGUUAAGUGGCUCCUUUGUCUAUGAUUUCAACAAAAGCAAUGCAAUAUAACUAAGAAAGCGGCCGGUUAUUUACAAUUUUGCUCCUACUGUAUCAAAAAUGAAUCAUGAAAAGCAAAAGUAUAUUUUUAUUUUUUUAUUUUGUUAGUAUUGGUAUGGAAUAGUACUUACACGUAUAACGUUAAGGCCCCAGUGCUGGACACUGUCCCAAUUAUGGACCUACAAUAUUUAUUUCAAGUUUGUUAUAUGACCCUGUUUUUAUCUAAUUUCAAUUUUAAAACAUUCACUGCCACUGAUCCUCUAAAUGGGAUCCCUGUUCGUAAGCGCUUUUCGCUACAUACAGUUUUUCCCGUGUUAUUGGCUAUAGUUGUAGCUCGUAAACUAAAAAUGUAUUAAACUAAAAUUAAAUCACUUGCGUGGUGUAUCUUCCGGCGGCCGAACGUAAGAUCAGGCAGAUCGUUAUGUUCCUGUGUAAUGUUUUGACGGUAGUCACAUAAUUCAAUUAAUAGAUAGGUAGGAUAUGUUCGUUAGGUUCGUUCAGAUUCCUGAGGGAUAAACUGGCCAGAACGCGGGGCUCCGCCAACUCAAGGAACGAGAUAAAGAUUUUUACUUUUCAUGAUAUGCCUAGGAACUUCACGAUCUGCCUGAUCUUACGAACGGCCGCUGAAAUAUCGAAUUUAGAAACGUUUCGACGGUUUGAUUUUAAGCGGUCGAAUCUACAAUCAACAUUUUAGUUGGUUUUUGUCAACGAUUUAAAUUAUUUAAUUUUAUUUAUCUCAUAAAUUCGUCAAUUCUUUAGGUAAUCAAAAGUAACGAAUCGAAAUAUGCUUCAAAAGUAUCUACCAUCCUCUAAUAAUUAUAGAGAUGUCUUUAAAUACAACUACAACACUGCCUGUGCCUGUGCCACUACCACAAUCCAUGGGUCCAUCUUUGGGUCUACAGAGAAACAAAAAAAAUCGAAAUUUCGUUAUCUAACCUCUCUAUCACUCUUCCAUAUUCGAGCGAUAAAGAGGCAGAUACCUAAAUUUCGCGUUUUCCAAUAGGCCCUUUGUAAACAAACCGCCUUGACACAUCAAUGUCAUAUUUUAUUAUUUGUGAAAACUUGCCCAAAAAGUAGUUUAAGGCACAGUAUGUAUAAGUUACUCUAUGGUUUACGAUAGGUGCUACUGCUGCAUUCUGGCGGCAGAACAUUGCAGUAAUACUCCCUAUUAGGGCUACAAUUGACAGACUGAUCAACGUCACUCAGCAGGCAACUAUGAAAAUUCCCAUACAAUUAAAUUUUGGGAAAGCUUUAACGGUGACAAACGAUGUGGUACAACUGACCCUUAGACUGCGAAAGAUAAUUUUGACAACGAAUAGAGUUGUUUCCAUCUACAAAUCUGAGGGCAGAAUUGUAUCCCAAUAAUUUCUUUUCGAUUAUAAAAACAUGUUAAACUACUUUUAGGGGACCUGUAAUGACCAUAUUUUUGUAAAUAUUGAAUUUAAAAUAUCUUUUGGCACACGUCACGUGACCAAACUCGAAACGUCAUUGAAGAUUCUGAUGACGUCACAACUCUCGGAUUGACACUGUUGACAGUUAGGCGAUAAACAACAAAUGGCAAAUGUCAGUUGACAGUUCGUAUCUUCUACGUGUGUAUGUAGUUAUGUGUCAAACCGUAAGCUGUGACGUCACACAAUUUUCAAAGAGCGUUUUGGGCGCGAAAGCAUCUGUCAAAAUAUAUUUUGUUAAUUUAACAUAUUUAAAGCCGUUUUUAGUAUAAAAGUUGAAUUAUAGGGCAACUUUUAGUUAAUAUAAAACGUAAUACAAGCGUUUCAAAAAAUUUGAAAGAACCCUAUUGUACAAAUAUCUCUAUUUGAUAAGAGUACUCGAGGGUGGCAGAUACUUUUGGCGCGUUGUUUCUUUUCCUUUUCGUUGUAUUGUUUUUUGUCCCCAUAAAAUGUGACGUAGUUUUUGUAUGGGGUGAAAUUUAAUUUUUAAUUUCUCUCAUGUGCAUUAUAAUUUAUAAUUCACAGCUACAAAAACAUGCAGUAGCACUCGACUUAUUUAUUUAUUUGAUUAAUUAAUUAAUAUAAAGACAAAAAUACAAGAGUGACCAGAAACAAUACAACGAAAAGAAUUUUGACGAAUUGUUACUGUUAUUUAAUAAAUUUAAUUAUGUUCUUAAUACACCCAAGAUAAACUAAAAUAAAGUUGUGAUUUGAAUAAAGCAUAAGUUUUGCUUUAUUAUUGUGAUAUAAGUUAUGAAUUUACAAAGAAAACGUACAAAAUAAAUACAAAAACCGUAGUCUCAAUUGACAAAAUAUAACAACAAUUUUGUAAUCUCUUUGUUGGACAUAAUUAUUGACAGUCAUAUUGUAUUCAUAGUCAGAUUACCAUUUGUCAUUAUUCUGAAACGGUUAACUUUUCAGGAUUUUCGUAAGGUUAUCCUAUGUUAGGUUAUGUUUGUUUCAUGCUAAUCCUGAAAAGUUAAGCGUUUCUGAGAUAAACCAAAUUAUGACUAACGAAAAUGCGGACAAACAAUACAUUAUGACUUAAAACUUGAUGGGAAACAAUAGAGACCCGAUUUAAGUUUAUUGUUUAGACAUUAAAGUGCCAGCAAAUAUGAUAAUAUAAUUUUAAAGAUAUUAUAAAUUUCUAGUAAGUAUUAAUUUUAGUUGCGAUUAAUAUUCGUACUUAGAGGGAUCCUAAUUUUCUUUACAAAUGUAAUCUCAUUUAAAUUUAGAGGAUUCCUCAUGAAAUGCUCUAUUUAUUUAAAACUUUCGAUUUUCUAGUUUUAUAUUUUAUUAUAAGGUAAAUGACGAUUGUGAAUUAUACGCCGAAGAAAACUUAAGUACGAGUACUUAAUUAUGUAAUUAUGUUUUACAGUAUUUUAAUAUAUAGUUACAUUCCUAUCCAUAUUGACUAACACCAAAGAGAAUUUGAAAUAGAGGUGGAUUGUCAAAGAAAAUUUUGUAGCCACAGUAAAUUUACUGCCAUCUUUCGACACAUGAUUAAAACUUUUAGAACGCCAUUUGACUUUGAUCCUUAUUCUUUCACUGAUAUGUGUUAAAUUUGUUAAAUAUCAUAAAGUGGCGCCAUCUAAUAGAUCAAGGCCAAAGGUAUGGCGGCAUCGUUUCGAGCGAUAAGCGAUAGGGUAAGAUGGCGCCACUUUUUGAUAGUAAACUAAUUUAGCACAUAGUGAAAGAAUAAUGAUCAAAGUCAAAUGGCGUUCUAAAAGUUUUAAUCAUGUGUCUAAAAUGGCAGUAAAUUUAUUGUGGUUACAAAAUUUUUUUUGACAAUCCACCUCUAUUUCAAAUUCUCUUUGAUAUUGACUAACACUAAUCUUUUGAACCUCAAUGAUUUCUAAAGUGGUCAAGAAUGACAGAUAACAUUUUUUUCUAAAAAAAUAAGUUUUGUGUCAAUAAAAACGUCUGUGUAUUGACUAUGACUUCAAUACCACAUGUAGGACGUAAUGUAGGGAAAAGGAUCCAACCCCCAAAGAUCUGUCAAUAAAAUUUGAACUUAAUGUCAAAAAGAAAAGUCAUUCACUUGAAUGACAAACUUGUGAGGAUGGAUGCAUUUCGCUAAAUCACGUCGUAUAUAGAUCGUGUCAUUCACAAAGCCAUGUGCCUUGACUCUUAUUGUCGUGUUAUUAAAGGUUAGAUUUGACAAAUCUGCGCGUCAUCGUGGAUGACACAAAUUGUAGCAGGUAUAAUAUUUUACACAAAUGUAAUUUAUUUGGCCAUCAAAUUAGCCAUAGGUAUUGUUGACAUUGAUUUUUAGCAUAAAUAUACAAGGUGCCCGUGAGUAUUGCGAGAGAUUUUAACGGUGCAUUCCUGAUGGCAACAGAAGCAAAAAAUGUUAUGUAACUUUUUGUGAAAUUCGACAAAAAAAACUCACGGGCACCUUGUAUAAAAAAAACUAUGUCUAUUUAAUAGUGAAUUUUUGAUUGAUACAAUAAUCCUCAGUAUGUAUAAUAGUCAUGUACCAGUAAUGGAUCCAUCCUCUGAAUGACGAAAUAACUUGGACAUGUUGUGCAUUAUAGUCGUGUACCAGUAAUUGACCCAUCCUCUAAAUGACAAAACAACAUGGACAUGUGCAUUAUAGUCAUGUACCAGUAAUGGACCCAUCCUCUAAAUUAUGUAAUAACAUAGACAUGUUGCGCAUUUAACUUUACUUCCAUCUUUUGUGCAAAAAUAUUAAGAGGAAAGGGGACGGCCGUUUCUCCAUACAAACGUACUCCCCAUUUACCUCUCUGGAUAUUGACAUUAAGGAAAAUAUUUUUACAUAAUUUGAUGUAUAUUAACCAUAGCUAUCGUACGUACGGUAUGUUUGACUAUUUCGAUUUUUUGAUUAUUGUAAAAAUUUGGAGCGAAUAACAGAUUUCAUACAAAUUUUUUAAUGCUCUUAACUCGUAUGAUAAUUAUAAUUCGUAAAAAUCAAAUGUAGGGACUGGGGAUAGCUGUGGUUGAUAUACAACAAAUUGUCUCAAAAUAUUUUCAAUAACCUUAAUAUCCAGAGAGGAAAAUGAGGACUAAGUUUGUAUGAAAAGGUAAUUUCGCACUUACUUACUGUUUUGCCCUCCUAAGUCGAACAGCGGUAACUCAAAAACAAAUGAUUUUGAGAAUUAAAUUUUACUUACUUACUCCGUUGGCUCAGCGACCCAAAAUGAGACUUGGCCUCCGACACAAGACAGCGCCACUUUUCUCGGUCCUGUGCGACCUCUCGCCAAUUGUCGACUCGAAGCUCGCGCAGGUCCGCCUCCACCAUGUCGCUCCAGCGAUACCUAGGGUGUCCGAUAGGACGUCCGCCUGCUAGGCGACCCAGGUACGCUCUUUUUACAUUCCGAUCUUCGUCCAUCCUCUCAAGGUGGCCCAACAAACGGAGUCUGUGGGCUUUACUUUUUCCCAUGAUGUUAAGUUCAGCGGUCUUCAAUAUCACGGUUCUUAAGGACUGUCCAACUUCCAUCUGGUCUUCGUUUGGGGCCCAAUAUUUUACGUAGGAUUUUUUUUACUUAAAUUUUAAAAAUAAUUAAUUUAUGGUUGAGAUGGCAUUGAGUUUUUAUUUGAGAUACCGCUAAUAUGAAUAUGACGCAAAACUCUGCGUAGAGGGCGCCACUAGCACAAACUGUAAACAAAACGCCUUGAUGGAUCAAUGUCAUAUGAGUAACUUAACUUCAAACUCGGAUAAAUCCAAUUGUCCGAUUUUGCGAUUUUGGUAUUAAGAGGAAUUCCUAGUUGCGCUUUUUCCAUACAAACGCUCUCGACUGUUUCCUCCCUGGAUUUUUAACCUAGAGUAAUGAUUUUUUUUUUAAAUAAGAUCAAUAUCAUCAAUAUCUGUGCCGCUAUUGUUUUGCUGUUUUGGAUUAUUUUAUAUUGAAGAAGCUUACAGCGCCUCGAAAAUCGCAAAAACGCCUCAAUUGACUUGGCUUCAAAAAAAGACGCAGUAUACAAAUAUGACAACAAAUAUCCAAAAAAUCAAAACAGCGCCAUAGAUUAUUUCAUAAUGAUUGGUUGCGUUUUGGAGGAGGAAACUGUCGAGCGCGAAACCUCGAUUUUUAAGUUUUUUGCGUGGGAAUUUUAGUCCGAGCUGCAGUUGUCCUUAUCGCACGCACGCACUCCCGCCCACCGCAGCGCGACAGAAACAUAUAGCUUCAAAAAUUCGAGUUUUGAAAAGUUGCUCAGCUAGGAAUUGCCCUUAAGAAAAGGUAAUAGGGUAGAUAUUUCCUAAACGGAUCGAAUUGAUUUAUCCUAGUUUGACGUUAAGCGACACAUAUAUAUUCAUAACCUGUUUAUAGUAUAGUCUAUAUAAGUUACCCUAUGAUUUACGGUUUGUACUAGUGCUGCCUCUAGCGGCAGAACAUUGCAGUAUUACUCCCCAUUGGUUUAGUUUAUCAAAUUCAAUACAUUAACUAUUAUUGAAUAUUUAAGAAAAAAAGUCACAAAUGUACUGCCUGAUAUAAGAACGAACUCACGGACCACUUUCAAAAUAAAAGUUUUCCUGGUUUUUCGCGCAAAGUAAGGAUACUAAGCACAAAGAGCUUCGUACAUUGAACCCUCCCACCCGCAGUUUCCUAUAUCUAUCGCAGGAUCUUUAUAUCUGUCCCGCUCGCAUAGUGGCCAUUGAUCACCGGCAUCGUCACCAGUACAUACAUAUAGUUAAUAUAGUUAUAUAGAGAUACCGCCGGCAUCGUCACCGGUACAUAUAGAGAUAGGAAAUUCAAUUCAUUCAAAAGGACGAGUCAAUGAACGAAAUUAUUCGUGCUUAGCUUCCUUAAUUAAUCGAAGGCAUUUUUGUUUAAUUUUCUGUCACAUAAAUUUAUUUUCACAAAAUAUCCACUCUUGUUUUUAAAUAUAGCGUUUUAUUUUUGUGUGAAACUAAAAAAGACAAUGUUUUGUAUGGAAAUGGGCCCGUGAAACAUCUUUAAAACACAACUUUGAUUACGAAAUAUCAAAUAUUGGUCAUCUUAUUCCUAAAAUGUUUUGACAUUAUAUAAUUUUCGUGAAAAUAUACUUCAUGUAGAAACAAUGAAAUACCUACGUGCACUUAUGCUUAAAUAUUAUUUAAGAUAGGUUAUGUUUAAAUUAAAGAUAAUAUAUUUAUUGUACAGCA